CCACUAGUUGGCGGUGAUGCACUAUAGCGUUGUUUGCCGACCGCUAUAACGGUCCAGCAGAAGAAGAGAUUGUGAGGCGGCGGCGGCAGCAGCGAGUUGCCUUGCCUGCAGCUAGCAGUCUCGUCUUCCGUCCGUCCGUCCGUCUGUGGCGGUGCGUGUGAAGCAGCCGCGCCGCGCCGCGGUGAGCAGCAGGCCGACGUGGAGGGAACCUCGCGUUUGCGUGGCUGUGGAGCUGUUUUGUGAUCCGCAGACGUUGGUGUUGGGUCCAUUUCCCGCCCGGCAGCGCCAGCAUGGCCCAGAAGGUCCUGCAGUAUGAACGGUUCAUCAGCGACGUGCUGCAGAAAGAUUUACAGAGGGUGUUGGAACAGAGAGACGGGGUGUUUGAGAAAAUCUCUCAGUAUCUUCAGCUGAAGAACACCAUCCAGAGCCUGCAGGAGUCCGGAUCCAAGGAGCUGAAGACAGAGGUGGAUCUGGGCUGUAACUUCUACAUCCAGGCUCAUGUGGAGGACUCAUCCAGGAUCUUUGUGGCCGUGGGUUAUGGGUUCUUUGUAGAGAUGACCUACACUGAGGCCCUCCGCUUCAUAGACAAGAAAACCAGCCAGCUCACAACCUUCUCAGAGGUACUGACCAAAGAUUCUGCCAAGAUCAAAGCCAACAUCCGCCUGGUGCUGGAGGGUCUAAGAGAGCUCCAGGGACUGACAGACCUCCCGGAAACCCCCAGCAGAGAAGUCUGGUAGGUCUCUACAUGUUGGAAUCAGGCCGACGACAGAAGCAGAGUUUCCCAUUCAUGUUUAACAAAGCCUGUGAUUCCCUUUCAAAUCCAACAUUGGCUGAACAAGAGAACCAGGAUGAGAGAGGUGAAGGAAUAGACCAAGGAGGGGAGGAACUCGGCACACAAGACUUCAUUCACUCCUAUGAAGCAUUCAGAGUCACCAGUGUAGCUGACAUGUAUGUGUUUGCCGUGUGGGAGAAAACCAGGUGAACAUGGGGAGAACAUAUAAACUCCACAGAGAAGAGCUGAAAUCAAACCUACGACCCUCAGACUGUGAGGAGAUAGUUUGAACAGCUAAACCAACUGCUGCUGUAUGGUCUCCAGCUUCAGUGAACACAGCCGUCGUGUCAUCAUUACUCUCCCUCUGAGGCUUUUAUUGUGAAGGUUGAAGUGAAGGAUGUGAAAGCUGCUGGCUCUUCCUGUGACGUCAAGGUGUAUUGGAGAAAGAAAUGGAUGGCUUUGGUUCCUGCUAAAUGACAUGUGAUCCCUGAUAAAAAUACAGUCUCAGCUCUCCAGAACACGUUAACAGAUUGAAUCCAGUAGCAUUUAGAGCACUUCAGAGGUGGACUUGAGGAAAUGGUUUGUUUACAUAAUUGUGUGUCACAUAUGAAGAUAAGACUGUUAAUUAAAAAAAAAAAACAAUAGAAAAAGAUGGUUGACUUUAGUUGUUCUUCUGAUGACCCUUUUCUUCAAGGUGUUGCUCCAUCACCACAGAUGCAGUUACCAUGGAAACUGAUGCUGAAAAGAGUUAGUGGUGUAAAGAACCUGAGAGCUGACUCCUAAAAUAGCCUCCCAGCAGGAACCCACAACAGAUGAUGGCCACACACACACA